AUGUUGCAGCCAUCACUUCUGGUGGCGCUGCUGCUCCUGCUGUUGCACUUGGAGCAUGCCAGUGGCAAGCCGCCCACCAAGGAGCUGCCCCGUCCGCUGAGUCCGCUGCCGGACCAGGAGAGCGAGGAGCAGCUGCAGCCGGAACUGGAGGCGAAGGCGACAUACCAGAGCACGCGGAAUGGACGCUCGCGACGUCCCACUUUGAUGGAUGUGGCCUUGCAGCAGAGUGUGCGCCAGGGUCUGGAUGCCAUGACCGAGCUGUAUGGUCGGAUUCAGCCGGAGAUGCUGCGCACUGGACAAACCCUGCAGGACAACCAUCCGGCCGCGAUGCUGUCCCGCUUCAAUGCCCCCACCACGGACUCGGAGCGCCGGGAGAUGGCCGCCUAUGCCACCAUCGCCGCAGCCAAGGCCUUUCGCAAAAACUUCCAGCACAUCGAUGAGCUGGCCCGCCAGUCGCACACGCAGCGCAUCUCUUUGCGUCGCACCGCCUUGGAGGGUUUGUGUCCGCCGCGGGAUCCGCCGCCCUGCAUGCCCGCCGCGGAGCGGUACCGCACCCACGACGGCACCUGCAACAACAAGCGGCGACCGCGCUGGGGCGCCGCCCAGAUGCCCUUCAAUCGCUUCCUGCCGCCGGAGUACGGCGAUGGCGUGGACACGGUCCGGAGUUCCGCCGACGGCAGCACCUUGUCCUCGUCGCGUUUCGUCAGCCUUCUGGUGCACGGAGCGCGGGAGGGCGAGGCACCGCUCACCCUGAUGAUCGCCCAGUGGGGUCAGAUGCUCGACCACGACAUGACCUCCACGGCUCAGCCGCGUUCCAUCAAUGGUUCCAUACCCAGCUGCUGUGGCGGCAAGGACUUCCAUCCCGCCUGCUUUCCCAUCAAGGUGCCACUCGACGAUCCCUGGCUGGCGCCGCUCAAGGUGCGCUGCCUGGAGUUCCUGCGCUCGGCUCCUGCCCAGCGACGCGACUGUGUGCUCUCCUGGCGGGAGCAGACCAACCAGGUGACCUCCUACAUCGACGCCUCGCCCAUUUACUCGAACAGCGCCAAGUCCUCCGAUAAUGCCCGAGUAUUCCGCCACGGCCUGCUCGUCUAUGGACGCGGUGAUCCCGCCGAGGAUGUGUGCCAACGCGGCGCCAUUGCCACCAAGUGCAUACGAUCCGGCGACGGACGCAGUGGUGAGCAGCCGGGUUUGCUGGCCAUGCAUCAUGUCUGGGUGGGCGAACACAAUCGCAUUGCGAUGGAGUUGAGCGAGUUGAAUCCACACUGGAGUGAUGAGAAGGUGUACCAGGAGACGCGCAGGAUUGUGGGCGCCAUGUUUCAGCACAUCACCUACCGGGAGUUCCUGCCCGUCAUUCUGGGCAGGGAGGUGGUGAAGCUCUUCGAUCUGGAGCUGAUGCCCUCGGGCUACUACGAGCGCUAUAGUUCAAAGGUCAAUCCCACGGUGGCCAAUGCCUUUGCAGCCGCCGCCUUCCGUUUUGGCCACUCGCUCGUCCAGAACUCCUACACCCGCUGCGAUCGCCAUCACAAUGUGAUUAAUAACAAUGUCAGCCUGCAUGAGGAGUUCCAGCGCGGUGACAUCGGCUCGGCGGGUUCACUGCAUCGUCUGCUGCGCGGCUUGGCCUCACAAAGAGCUCUGAAGAGGGAUGAGUUCAUCACGCCCGAACUGACCAAUCACCUGUUCCAGACACCCGGCUUUCCCUUCGGCUUGGACCUGGCCGCCAUCAACAUCCAGCGGGGCAGGGAUCAUGGCAUUGCUCCGUACAGCGCUUGGCGAGUGCCCUGUGGUCUCAGUCCCAUCCUCAGUUGGGAUGACUUCGCCAACGUCGUGGGUCCGGAGUCCGCCAAGCGCAUUGGCCACGCCUACCGCAGCGUCCACGACAUCGAUCUGUUUGUGGGCGGAAUCGCGGAGCGUCCGGUGGUUGGUGGCCUGGUGGGUCCCACCUUCGCCUGCAUCAUUGCCCAGCAGUUCAGCAACUCGAGGCGGGGCGAUCGCUUCUGGUACGAGAAUGGUGGCUUCGAGAGCUCCUUCACGCCCGCCCAACUGCACUCCGUGCGCCGCGUGUCCUUGGCCCAAGUUCUCUGCCGCACGGUGGGCGGUGGCACGCUCCAGCCCCACAUCUUCAUUCCCGCGGAGUUCGAGGACAAUGAGCGACAGACCUGCGGUACGGGCAGCCUCAGUCCCAUCGAUCUGAGUCCGUGGCUGGAGCAGGAUCCCUUCCACAAUCAGCAGGUGCCCGACCAGGUCUUCACCAUUGGGCAACCGGAGCUGGGCUCGGUGCAGGUCAUCAAGGAGGACAAGGCGGGCUUCUCCAACCGGGUGAAGCCCAUCAAGCCGCAGGUGGAGGUCAGUCCCUCCUCAGUCAGCGGCUUCCAUCGACCCACCCACAACGCGAACCUGACAACCAAAGUUAGUGACAAACUCGACCUGAGACGCAAGACGGUGACCAAAAAGAUCAGUAACAGUAGCAACAAUCGACAGACCACUAGGAAACCCGUGGGAGGAGUCAACAACAAGCUGGACAAGUCGCCCAAGAUCACCCUGAACAUCAAGAGCGUAAAUGUGAGGAGGCCAGAGGGAUCGGGACCCAGAAGAAGGGUGAUCAUCAACAAUGUGCCCGUAGAGCUGCGAAGUUCGGGUGGCAAUGCUACGGCAGAGGAGUUAGAACCAGGACAGUUGACAGACGAAGACGAGUUUCAGGAGGACGCAGACCAAGAGGUGGACAUUGAGGAAGUGGUGGAAGUGAGGGCUAACAAGGAUGAGCCAACAAAACUGACCAAGACGGACCUAAGCCAGAACAGAAACGACUCAAGGACAGCGGGAACAGAUCAGACUGACAAGGAUACUUCCAGCGAAGCCAAGGGAAAGUCCACUGAUCCUGAACCGAAGAAAACUGAAAGACGUGACGCCAGAAAGUUGGAACCUCAUCCAGCGGCAAAGACUCCUGACCAGACAGCAGACUCUAGACUAUUGCACCUCCAACGCAACCGCACCACUACCACAAGGGACUUCCAAGCCAGCUCCACGGUGAGUUUGGAACGCUCCACGCGACAAACCAAAGCUCCAAAGGUUAGUAAGCCCACCAAGAGGGCCGUGGAACUGAGACAGUACCAGAACAGACCACUCUACGAGCGACCCCAGAAGGUGGUGGUCAACGGACCGAACGCCGACCAGUACGAGAUCGAGAUCAACAUACGACAGACGAACAAGAAUCCCUCAUCCCGACCUUCCACUCCUGACUACGCGGAAUACACGACUGUGAACAAACCGUACUACAACACGAACUACGCACCGCACUACAUGGACUACGCCAGCACCACGCCCAUUCCGCUGCCCAGCUAUGGGUACCAUCAGCCGCUUGCGGAGAUCGGCAGCCAGGGAGUGAGGACCAAGCCACCGACCAUUAUUUAUCUGAACGACAACGACGACCGACGGACGACAACUCGGGCACCGAACAUCUUCCAGAACUUUCUGACCUUCGCCACCAACAGCUUCAAUCCCUUGGGCAUCCGCCGACCCAUGCCCACGACGCCAUCUCCGAUCUCGCAGAGCCACAAGGAGCCGGCACAGUUCGAAAACAAUGUGGUUCACAGUCCGAUCAGUAACUCCCACAUACUGACCGGAGGUUCCUCCGCCUCCUACUCACCGCGACCGCCUUCGGUGCACUCGUAUCCGGUGGCCACCAGCACGCAGAUUGGCUCCAAUUCCGGUUCGGGAUUCCUGCACGCUUCCAGCAGCGCCGUGAGUGCGGGCCACUUUGGCAGCAUCUCCGGAGUGGCCACUGCCAAUGGAGCGGACAGCACGUUCAGCUUCAACAUACGACCACGUCCCAGUCCGGAGUUGGGUCCAGUUGUGAGCUCCUAUCCAAGACCGGUUUCCAGUCAGGCUGGAGGUUCCUCCUACCGACCCGACUACGCUCCUGCCCAGAGCGAACUGUACUAUGACAGAGAACUCAUCGCUGACCGAAAUCCCAGUCCGUUUUCCGGCUCCAGCUCCGCGCACAGACCACAUCAACAGACAUUUUACGGACGGACACCAGAACUCAAGGAGGUGGGCAACAACAGCAACGAACUGACCCAAACGGAGCACAAACUGUACCUACAGGACUACGACUAUGUCAGCAGAACGCUAUCCAACCUGACCACGGACGAAAGUAACCAGCCAGAUGACGACACCGAUUACGCAUACGACGAGGACCUGCCCAGCAACGAUCUGGACAAGACGGAGAACCGAAAGGAGACGGAACCAAACGAAUUGACCACCAAGAAGUUCGACAUAGACGGCUACAUGCGACCACAACUGAUGCGAGACGCGACCCACAACUCGACCGACUACAAUGUGACCUCACUGGACGACAACUACGUUAUGCCCAUGCUGGAGAACAGGACGCGGACGAGCUACGUGACCGAGGUGCCCAAGCCCAUGCUGUCCACCUCCAGCCGGAGUGUGACCAACAGCAAGGUCACCAUCUUUCCGGACAGCCUAGGCAAGCAGUUGACCAACGACAUCCUUGCGGACGAGACGACGGACGACUACGUGGACGCCAAUGGCCAGACAGAAGCGCGACUUAAAGCCCAAAAGCUCAAGCAACUGGCCAGCGUGGCAUUCGCACCAAUUACCGUGCUGACCAAGCCGGACAGACCGGACAACUGGGUGAUCUACAACAAGGCCAGCGAGGAGCCACCGCUGCCACAGCCGCCAUCCGUCAACAUGGAUGUGGCGCCCACCGGAGAGGUGCCCACUCCGAUCAAGAACUUCAACAAUGCCUGGCUAAAGCAGGAUCUAAAGGCACGGCCGGAGGCAACACCAACCAGUUUGGAGCACAGAUCGGAAAAGGCGGAGGAGGUGACCACGGUGGCAGCAGCGGACAGUAUCUAGAAAUGCCAAAUUAGCCCUAGAUUGCUUAUUUAUUUAUUUAUACUUCAAAGGCAAGAAUUCAAUCCAACCAA